CCUCUCUUGCAGAUUAAGCUCGAUUGGCAUUGAUAAUGGCGGUGAUUUACCUGCUGUUAGUUUCGCUAAUCGCCUCCUCUCAUGCACAAGGCACGUACGGCGAUCGUCCCUGGCCAGCCACCCUCGCUACGCUCGCGGCGGACGGCAGGCUCCGGACCGACCCCAAAGCCACUGUGCCAGCCUCGAUGGACUUCGGCAACAUCACGACAGCGCUCCCGGUGGCCGUGCUCUUCCCGGCGUCCCCAGACGACUUGGCUGCGCUCCUGAGCGCGGCGUACUCCACCCCGCAGUGGCCGUACACCGUCGCGUUCCGCGGCCGCGGCCACUCCAUCAUGGGGCAGGCCUUCGCCCCCGGCGGUGUGGUCGUACACAUGCCAUCCCUGGGCGACGCCGCCAGCCCACCGCGCAUCAACGUGUCCGCGGACGGCCAGUACGUGGACGCCGGCGGGGAGCAGAUGUGGAUUGACGUGCUGCGCGCGGCGCUAGCGCGCGGGGUGGCGCCGCGGUCGUGGACGGACUACCUCCACCUCACCGUCGGCGGCACGCUCUCCAACGCCGGCGUCAGCGGCCAGACUUUCCGGCAAGGCCCCCAGAUAUCUAACGUGUACGAGCUGGACGUGAUCACUGGCUACGGGGAGAUGGUGACGUGCUCCAAGGAGCUCAACGCUGACCUGUUCGAUGCCGUGCUUGGCGGGCUCGGCCAGUUCGGCGUGAUCACCCGCGCCCGGAUCGCUCUCGAGCCGGCGCCGUCGCGUGCGCGGUGGGUGCGGCUCGUCUACACCGACUUCGCCACGUUCACCUCCGACCAGGAACGGCUCAUCGCCCCGCGGCCGGACGGCGCGUUCGGGCCGAUGAGCUACGUCGAAGGGUCGGUGCACGUGAACCGUAGCCUCACCGGUAGCCUGAAGACCACGGGGUUCUUCUCCGACGCCGACGUCGUGAGGAUCGUCGAGCUCGCCGCGGAGAGGAACGCCACCUCCGUGUACAGCAUUGAGGCCACCCUGAACUACGACAACGCCACGGCUGCCUCUGUGGAUCAGGAGCUCAAGUCCGUGCUCGACGAGCUAAACUUCGAGAGGGGGUUCGCGUUCGAGCGUGACGUGAGCUACGUGGAGUUCCUGGACCGGGUGCACAACGAGGAGGUGGCGCUGGACAAGGUCGGGAUGUGGCGAGUCCCGCACCCAUGGCUCAACCUGCUCGUGCCGCGGUCGUGCAUCGCCGACUUCGACCGCGGCGUCUUCAAGGGCAUCCUCCAGGGCACCGACGUCGCCGGGCCGCUCAUCGUGUACCCCGUGAACAAAUCCAAGUGGGACUACGGCAUGUCGGCGGCGACGCCGGCGGAGGACGUGUUCUACGUGGUGUCGAUGCUGUUCUCGUCGGUGGCGAACGACCUGGUGCGGCUGCAGGCGCAGAACCGGAGGAUCCUGCGGUUCUGCGACCUCGCCGGGAUCGGGUACAAGGAAUACCUGGUGCACUACACGAGCCGCGGCGACUGGGUCCGGCACUUCGGCGGCAAGUGGGGUUGGUUCGUGGCGAUGAAGGACAAGUACGACCCCAAGAAGCUGCUCUCCCCCGGCCAAGACAUCUUCAACUGAUCGAUCACCGCUAACUCGCGUAUACUUUCAAGGAUUAACGUCUUGAUUGUAUCAGUUAUUUUAUACCAGAUGAUUGAUCACGUAUACGUACUAGAUGUGAACAUGUUCCUGGUUUUUUUCUUUCAAACUCGUCGUUACUUCUUCACUUGUGAACGGAAAAUGUAAAAAAAAAAAAUCAAUAGCGUCAGUCGUGAAAGAUUUUUGUUUCAAUCAAA